UUUUAAAUAGUAAUCGGAAGUAUUGUUAAAAUGUCUAACAAAUUUUUGUAUUUUGCAUACGGAAGUAAUAUGUUAAAGAAAAGAAUACAUAUUAAUAACCCAACUGCAGAACGCAAAGAUAUCGGUCUUCUAAAGAAUUUCAGACUCGAUUUUUUGACGCACUCAAGGAGAUGGGGCGGAUGUUCUGCAACAAUUUGUCCAACAGAAAACUACAAUGUGUGGGGUAUAGUUUGGGAGUUACAGGAAUGCAAUAUGACUACUUUAGAUUGUCAAGAAGGUGUUGCAGAUAAAUUAUAUUUUCCUUUAAUGGUUGAUAUUGAGACACCAAAUGGUGAAGUCAUGAAAUGUCGAGUAUACCAGCAAUGUAGCAAUCCGGAUGAACACGUAAAACUACGUUUAUUACCAAUCCAUAGAAGGCCUUCCCCAUUAUAUAUAGAUACAAUAUUAAAAGGUGCAAAAGAAAAUCAGUUACCAGCUGAAUAUAUAAAAUUUCUAGAAACAAUACCGCACAACGAAUAUAGUGGAGAAUAUAAUAUUGGGUAA